UUCGUGUUGAUUCUCGUUCCCUCUCUUCCAUGCACGUUUUCCCAGCAUGCCGCUUCUUCUCAUGACCAGUCGCUUCUCAAAUUGAAGCUAGGAUCCUCGGAAGUUCUGCUCGGCCUGUAUGACAGGUUGGCAAUGCCAUCCCCACUGGAUGACAAGCAUUCUGUGAGCACCACUACACAGGAAUUCGACGAAGAACUCGAGAAGCUCCCGGCUAUACGAGUACUGCCAAUAGGCGGAAUCGUUGGCGAUGUGUCUUCCACACCCCGUCGUCCUCCUGGACUUAUAAUACUCUGGAAAACGUUAAAACGCUACGCACUGAAGCUUUGGCCGCACGCUGUAAUCGACGAACCGCGAAGCUGGCAGCAGUCAUGGGUUCGAUUUGGUCCGCUAUCCGGUCUCCUCAGCCUACUAAUUGCCGCCACCUCGAUGGUCGUCGCCCUCGGAUUAUUGGUCGGUGCCGAUGGACAAGACGUGGAAGGCUGGCUCGCUCCGCCGUCAACCUACCUUGCUCUUUGCACGUCGGUAGCCAACUUGUCAGUGCGUUACGCAGCCAUGCAGGGCGUCAUUAUUGCCUGGUGGAGGAGAGCUUCCGAGGGCAGCACAUUGCAGAAGCUUCAGUCGGAUUGGCGGUCGGGCACUUCGAUUCGUGGAGCCGUCACCGCUGGCCGAGCGAUGGGUUUGCUGGGACUGGCCUGCAUCUUCGCGACCACCGUCGAAAUCGGUGGUCCCCUUCUCCAGCGUGCAUCCACUGCACAUGGCCUUUCGCGUCCCACGACCAUCUCACUCGAUGUUCUAAUGGCCCCCGAACUCCCAACUGGCUGGUCCGGCGUAUGGUUCACCACCUCGGAUUACCCGCUUCCAAACUACUAUGCCAAUCCUGCUUUCAACGCUACGUAUCCUUCCGCCGACGGAUGGCUUGAGAGCAAUAUCAUAUGUCAACAAGGCGGGUGGUCACCAGACGGACAAUUAGGCAAUGCUCCAACGCAAUGGUGGGACAAUGCACCCGCAAAAGGUGUAGUGCGCGGAUGCGCCGGUACAUGUACUGCGAAAAUCCAAGCGCCUGCUCUCUUCCCGACAUCGUGUGAGACGCGCACCGUCAUUUCACAAUUGGAUUCGCCGUACGACGCAGCAGCCGCGAAUGGCGAGUUUGCGCCGCCUCUGGCCUCGGAAGGUUACAUAUCUACAACUAGCCUUCUGGUCCAGGAACCGAGAAUCACCGAAGGCAUCAACCUCAUCACUGGCUUCGUCACUCUCAACUCGAGCUGUGAAGGCGAGUUUGUGUACAAGACUUGUACCUUUGAACCUGGCAUCGGCGAGUACGAGAUCGUCGUCCAAAAUGACGAAGUCGACAUGGUCUCUUUGGCGGCCCCGUCGUUUGUUGCACUGGCAAAUAACUCGGGCAUCAGUCGCUCGCCCACAACUGUCAAUGGAGGUACAUACCGGUCCACACUCGCCGGCGUGGUAUACAGUAUGAUGUCGAGAUGGAACUCGUACGAAGCCUUCUAUCCAACCUUCCCCGAUGGGAAGACAGUGUAUGGCACCAUCGGAAUUUACCAAUCCCAACCAAUGAUGAAAUACCAAGGCAACAGCACCUGCGCAUCCCUUCCGGACCCGUACGACGGCAUGGUGAGCAGCCUGAAUAAGUUGAUGUUCUACCUCGGAAGCCAGGCCGCCACGACGCUCGACGCUUCGUAUCUGCACGCCACCCUCGAUCCCGGGCUUUCUGUAAACAGCACCACGGUCGGACAAACGCAGGAAACUGUGACUGUGUACCGCACCGACUACUGGUACUUCUGGGGAGCUGCGUCGGCCGUGCUUGUAUCCAUUGCUUUCAUCUUACCCACGUACUGGGGUUGGUCGAGGCUGGGAAGACCGGUGUCCCUUUCACCCCUCGAGACGGCCAAGGUUAGUGGGAUCCAUACCAAUCUGUUCCCUGGAACGAGGCUAAUCAAACUAAUGUCAGGCUUUCCAAUCGCCCUUGUUCGCGGACUGCAAUUCGAAUUCCAACGGCCUUGACUUGGCGGCUGCGAAGGGCAACACUCACGUCAGGUACGGCGCGGUGGCUGGCGCGAGGUCGCAGCUUGCAUUCACGC